AUGACCUACCAAGAGGUGCAUAAGAAUGAGAAUAAAGUUAACCUGCUAUGUCCCUCAUGCUUGAAGAUACAUGGUGGUCAACCUCAGAAAGCCGCACCCAAGGUUGCCCCGAUGUUCGGCUAUUUCCGAAUUCCCCGCUUACGGCCGAAACUUGCAAUUGCCCGAAUUCUUCUCCUAUUGCUCAUCGCCAACGACAGACCAGACUUGGGACACAUCGGUCUGAUUUUCUUUGAUAUUACUGACCAGAUUGCACUGGAAGCUUGGUGUUAUUCAGGUUAA